GUCUUUGUCAUUCAGUUGACGUCUGUGAAGCGAAAUGAUAACUGUUGGUGUUUGAAAAUUUAAUUUUCCUUAGUUGCAUUUUCCGGUAUAUUAAGUGAAGAAAAUAUGGAUUACUCUGUAGAUUUAAUACUCAAAUAUCCUCUUAUUAAUAUAAAAUCAACGGAGAAAAGUGACAUUGUGCGUAUACAUGGAAAAAUAUAUGUACAUCACAAAUAUUUCGCUGUUACUCUACACCAAAUAACUCACCUUAACGGCGCACCGAAGUACAAACUGAAAAGUAUAACUAACGUGAAAUCUAAAAGCACUCUUUCAAAAAUAAAAAAUGCUUUAAGCACAGACGUUUUUCGCAACAUUGUGGAAGUUUUGGACAAGAUGAACGAAAUUUUACUGCAAGAUACUGAUGUAAAACACCUGGAAGUCCACACAGAUAUUUACAGGAAAGUCAUACAUGAAUACUCUGAGUUUGUGAAGUUCUUUUUAAACAUAAGCACUUGUGAAUUAAAGGAAGAUCUUACAACGAUCUGCGUUGCAGUAACAGAUAGUAAACCCAGGCUACACUCAGUAGAAAUCGCAGUUGACUAUUCGAAAAAGUCUUCUGAUUUGUUUAGAAUAUCUGCAGCCGAUUUACCCGAAAAAGAUCAAGCGAUCCUCAAGGGAAACGAAAGUUUGAUUGCCCUAUUCGACACAUUUAUAGGGCAACUUGAGUUGUUGCAACCCUAUUUUGAGCUGAUGGAAACUCUGGAUGAACACGCUACAAUUUUAGAUCCAGAUAAACCUCGCAAAUCUGAUGCCUAUAGAAGAAUUUGGCUAGGGGAAAACAUUUCAACUAUUAUCACAGUAGAUCCGUUUAAUAUAUAUGAAAGGCCUGAUAUAAAAUUUUUGGGGCCUGAUAGAUUAAUUGAAUCGUUUAGCUCUAGUUUGAACGAGAAUAUAGGAAAAUGGGUGUAUCAAGAGAAUAUUUUCCAAGGGAUACUUGACUUGUUAGGUUUACAAGAGUUUCCCAAAAAAGAUACUGCCACUAAUCAAGUUAAUUUGCUGGUGGAAUUCGGAGAGUGCAGCAUUUGCUUUUCUUUGAGACUGAACAACAAACUGCCGGAAAUUAUUUGCACCAAUCAAAGCUGUGAAAAGCUGUACCAUAACCAGUGUCUCUAUGAUUGGUUGGUCUCCUUACAUGCUAAAAGAGUUUUCAACAACAUAUCGGGAAAUUGUCCAAAUUGUGAAAAGACCAUUAGUUGCCCCCUCAUGAAUUAAUACUUUCCAUUCAGGCAUAUAGUUUUCCCUCUUGGUGAAGGCAGUAGUGAAAUCACCCGAAUUAUAACUUGGAGGAUCGAAACUGUUCAAAGCUUCCCACUCAAGAUCGCUUUGUUCGAAGUGAUACAGCCUGGCAACGUCCCUACGAAGUCUGUUCAUUCUACGCCGCUUUGCCAUGCAAUAGACCUGUACAGAUGAGCUCAAAUACAAUCAAUAUUUCAACUGG